UCCCCGAUAAGCUGUAGUAACAAAUAUGAAGAGAGUUUUCAUCAGACGUGUGUGGGAGUCAAGUCGGACAACACAGCAAGCAUGGCUAUCAAAUAUGGAAUAGUGCUAAUAGCACUCCUUGCGGGGUGCCUAGCAAAACCGACCCUAGACGGCGAGGCCGACAUGUCCAUAUUCUUUGAGCACGUGGACCCUGACAGCCGCAUCCUGGGCGGGGCUCCCGCGGCCGCCGGCAGCGCCCCCUACAUGGUGGCGCUGGCGUCGGGAACCCUGGUCAAGAACUACGCGUGUGGAGGCUCCCUUAUAUCUACGAGGACUGUGCUCACGGCCGCUCAUUGUAUUAGAGCGCAGUACGGGUGGAAUGGACUGUCGAGCUCCCUGCAAGGCCGCGUCGGCAGCCUGAACUGGCAGCGCGGCGGCACCACAAUCUCUUUCCGUCGCAACGUGACGCACCCCCACUACGUGCACCACGACAUCAAGAACGACAUCGGUCUGCUCAUCACGACCAGCGCCGUGCGACUGACGGCUACAGUGCAGACCACGCCACUGAGCUUCCAGCAUGUGGGCGCUGGCGUGGCGGUCAAGGCUACCGGGUGGGGGCAUACUAAGUGGAACGGCGCGACCUCCAACGUGCUCCGCGAGCUGACCCUCAGCACCAUCGGCGGCGCGGAGUGCGCGCGGCGCGUGCGGCAGGAUGCCAUAGACUUUGAUUACGCAGCGCCCGCCGUGGACCCCGCGCUGGAGCUGUGCGUCUACCAUUCUGUGGGGCACGGGAUGUGCACGGGUGACUCCGGCAGUGCGCUAGUACGCUUGGACACGGGCGCGCAGGUGGGCGUGGUCUCGUGGGGCUUCCCCUGCGCCGUGGGCACUCCCGACAUGUUCGCCAGAGUCAGCGCCUAUGAGGACUUUAUACGGAGCAAUGUUGUUUAAAGUUUGC